AUGGAUGCAGCAGACGGCCCAUCAGGCACCCCUGCCAUCCACGGGACCCCAGUGCCGGCAGAGGGCUGCAGCCGGGUAGGUGCCAGCACAGAUGCAGAUGAGCGAGUGUCAGCUGAGAAACAAUUGGGCAGGGGGCAGCGGGACGGGCAUGAGGGGAGGCAGAUAGAAGGAAAGAGGGAAGCCGGGGAGAGGGUACCAUCCCCGCUGCUCUUUAUCGCAGCCAUUGAUCGUGGCGUGUGUGCAUUGAUCCAAGUCGACCAUCUGCUAGAGUUAGAUAAGCGUGCGAGGGCCUGGGCAUUGUGCUGUCACUCAUGGAGUGUGCAACUAAGAGAGAGAGAGAGAACGAGCGAGAUAGAGGGCAAGCGAGAUUGA